AAAACAACAGCGAUAGCAACAGCACAUGCUUUGAAAGCUACCAAGAAUCCCCUAGCUACACUAUCGAUGACAUUGGUUUAAACAGCAAACCAGUAGAAAAUAGUAAUACUAAUACGACUGUUUCAUUUAACAAUGCUACCACUCGCACACACCACUCAAGCGAAAGUGACAAGGCUGAACUCGAUAUUAUCGAUGGCGAAAUUCGGGCAGUCUAUGGAAACUGUGCUGUUCGUUUUGAAUUGCCAUCGUCGGAUAACGAAAUACGUGACAUGGUUAAGAUGUGGCGAAGGCGGGGGAGGGGUAGGAAGCAUGUCAAUCCAUAUAUGGUAUAUCGCGCACUCUUAUCGUUAUCCAAAAAACUAGACUGUAUGAAAAAGGAAUUUCCAAGUGGAGCUUUUCAAUGUUAUGUUAGCGGAUUCACAAGCAAGACUUGGAAGAAAAAAACCGACUCUGCUAAAAAGGCAAUAGAAACUCUUGCGGCCGAAAUUAACACGUGUAUAAAGAAAGAAAAUUCGAAGCCUACUUAG